UUUCUUCGCCGCGGAGCUUACGAGCGAUUCUUACAUGUCUCGAACUGGCCUCGCCUCAAGUUUGACAGCCUGUUUGAUGUUUGUCACAGACAAGCUCUUCAUUUUACAUUUAAACCCCCAAACCCUCCUCCCUUGCCGCCCUUAUUCGAAGCGUAAAUAACGAACUCUAAAAGGACAGAAAUGUAAUUUCAAACUCAAACAUCAAAACGGACCUACUCUCCCUUCCCAACAAACCACCUCACCGGAACCAAGCCUCCCCUUUCCCCUUUCUCUCCCUCAACGGCUUAAGUCGCCUGCAUUUGUUCGAAAACAGCACAGAUCUACUGCCACACGCGAACGCGCGUUCAAAUCGCAAACCCUAAUUUCUGAGACCCCUUUUGAUCUCUCCGAUUCGAUUUGAUUCGAAUCGAGAGCUGAGGACGCGAUGGGCGAUUUCAACCUCGCGCUCGUCAUCGUCGCCAUUAUCCUCUGCGUCAUCGUCUUCGUCUUCAAUGUCUACCUGCUCGUCAAUUACCAGCACCCCGACGACAAGAACCAGGCCUACUUCCCCAAAUUCGUCGUCGUUUUGGGGCUCUCCGUCGCCGCGAUUUCCAUACUGAUGUUGCCGGCCGACGUGGCGAACCGUCAGGCCUGUCGCCACGCGAUAUACAAUGGAGCGUGUAAUCUCACUCUGCCAAUGAAGGAUAUGUGGCUCGCCAUCUAUAUCCUUGACGCCGUGCUUGUGUUCUUCAUCAUCCCCUUCGCUAUGUUCUACUACGAAGGAGACCAGGACAAGAGUGUUGGAAAACGGAUUAGAAGCGCGUUGUUGUGGGUGGUGGUGACGGCCAUUGUCUGCGCGCUCGUGCUUGGCAUCUUAUACGGGCUAGUUGGGAAGGUGGACUUUACUGUUAGGCAUCUCUCUUCUUCCACAACUUCCUUUCCUAGUUCAUGGAGCUUUUCUAGCAGUCAAGAAUGUAUAAGUGGCUCACAUCAGUGCUCUGCAUAUUCUGCCAGUGAUUCGUCAGAGAAAACAUGGACAAUGCGUACUACCUUUCCAGAAUACGUCGUUGCUCUUGCUACCAUUGUUGGUUCUGUGCUUUUCACUAUAUUUGGUGGUGUUGGCAUUGCCUGUCUCCCUCUGGGACUCAUAUUUUCAUUCAUCCGGCGUCCAAAGGCUGUUAUUACCCGGUCACAGUAUAUCAAGGAAGCCACUGAACUGGGUAAGAAAGCAAAAGAAUUGAAAAAAGCAGCCGAUGCACUCCAUCAAGAAGAAAGAAGUGGUUCCAAGGGUAGAAAAUGGCGUAAAAAUGUGAAGGCAGUAGAGAAGGAGUUGCUUCAAUUAGAAGAAGACGUAAAACUUCUAGAAGAGGUUUAUCCUCAAGGAGAGAAGGCUGAGACUAGUUGGGCUAUGACUGUUCUUGGGUACUUGGCGAAGCUUGUGUUGGGAAUUUUAGGAUUGAUUGUCUCAGUGGCCUGGAUUGCUCAUAUCGUCAUCUAUCUAUUGAUCAGCCCACCGCUUUCUCCUUUUUUGAAUGAGGUUUUCAUCAAGCUGGAUGAUAUAUGGGGUCUUUUGGGAACUGUUGCAUUUGCGUUCUUCUGCUUUUACCUCCUCCUUGCAGUCAUUGCUGGGGCCAUGAUGCUUGGGAUGAAAUUAGUUUUCAUUACUAUUCAUCCAAUGAAGUGGGGAGCGACUCUUAUGAAUUCAUUUUUAUUUAACGUGGGACUUAUUCUCCUUUGCUCCAUCAGUGUGAUUCAGUUCUGCUCCACAGCAUUUGCAUACUAUGCUCAAGCAACUGCAGCCCAGGAAAUAUUUGGUCACACAUUGCAAUCUCUUCGUGGAAUAAGAUAUUUGUACAAGUACAAUGUGUUUCAAAUUGCAUUUAUUGUCCUGGCGGGUUUGACCUUCGUGUACUAUGCUGCCUUUGGAUGGAGAAGAAAAAAACCAAGUGGCAGGUUCCAACUUUCCUCGUAAUUCAUGUUUUGUCUAGAACAGCGUGCACCCACCUGGAGCUUUUGGGGUUCUCAGUUUUAUCAUCUCUUUUCGGAGUGGUUUUCUUGGAUGUGCAUGGCCUAGUUUUGAUAUAUAUUGAAAGGUUUCGGUUGAGUAGGCAGAGAUGUCAUCCGAGUUUGCAUUGGGUUUUAGUGGAGGGGGAGUGGCACCGCUGUUUGUUUUUCUGCGUGUAUUUCCCCAUUUGUAUGUAUUAAUUCCUUCAUUUGACCUUUUGUGUUAUAAAAUUGGUUUGGGCUUGUAAUCGUGUUAAUCCUUUGCACACUGGGAAACUGGAUGUCUAGAACUACCCUUGAUGUAACAUAACCAUUCGGAUCAAAUUAUUGUAUGAGCAGCCAUAUUUAGUUUCA